CCAAGACGCUCUCCAGCAGCACUCACUAGUCCACACAAAAUAAGAGGGAUGACGACGUGGUCGAGCCGGGUCAUGAGCGCCAGGACAGUCAGAAGUCUGACAUUGGAGACUGACGCAGCAUUAUUGGCCGACCGUACACCAUUGGUGUUUCAUCCGAAAACGGUUUGGGAACGGUGGAUCGCGCAGUUGUGCCCAGAUAUUAAGGAAGAUACGGAAGACAGCAGUUACAUUGGACCUGAAAAGCGUUUGUACGAGCGAAAACGCGAGCAAUCGAACCCGAACUCGCAUGAAGAUGUCGGAUUCCAUCCGCCGGAAAGAAGGGAAAGCCGCCGACCGGACGAAUUGUCAGCGCGAAGCGGGAUGCCGGAGCGAAAUGUUCUCAAGAUUUUGUCGCAGAUAAGGGGAGCGCGCGGUGAGACAGGC